UGCUGCAGGAGGAGAGGGAAGGAGGAUGGAAAGUGAGAGGUGUUGGAGGAGGAGGGGUGAGGCAGAUAGAAAAAGAGGAGUAAGACAAGAUGGAUAAGAUGAUAAAUGUGAGGAGGAUAAACACGAGGUAUAUUCAUGAUUUAAAAAGUAGGCUGAAGACUCGCAUUGGCCUCUGCAGUGCUUUAAAUGUCUAAUUUGAGUAAUUGCUCAGUUAAAAUGGCCUUUUGAGUCUGAAUUAUCACAAGAUAACGAUAAAAAGUAGGGCGAAUGCUGUUAUUUAUAAAGUUUAAACCACUCUGCACCAAAUAGCACAAAGCUCUCUGUUUACCAAGAAUAAUGUCAAAGGUUAAGAAACGUGUAGCUGCACUGGAGAUUUCCCCCCCUCUUUUAUUUAUAGGACUUCAUCCCAGCUGUAGCUCUAAAAUGGGACCAGAGUAGUGAGGCACUAAUUUAAACAAAAGUGUGAGGCCCCCUUGACCGGAUGGGAGUCGACAGAGGUCCCCUUUGUUAAACAUAUGGGGCCGCAGCGGAGAAGAUAAGGCAAUAUUUAACACACCCACACUUGACUCCUCGUGCUCUCCGAUAAUUUGUCUUUGUCUCCUUUUAUACACACAGAGAUCUGCCACGCUGACACAAAUCUGCAGCGACUGACCCACAUUCACACACAUGCUCCUGUUUGAUAGAAGUCUUUUUUAUUUGAAGGGGUUGAGGGUUGAGCGGGGGGGGUUAGAUGCCAAAAAUGUGGGGAAGCCAAGUUGGACCUCGGCAGAGACAACAACGGUGGGGAUUUGAAAUGUCUGGUGGGGAUGAUAUCACUGAACCACCUAAUCACUUACAUCACCGCAGCUGCAUGCUCAGCAGUGUGUCAGCAUGUGUGUGUGUGCACAUGUGUCUGUUUCCAAUCUAUUUCUGUGUGUAUCUCCAUCUGUGUCUGUCUGUGCCUCUGGUAAGCGAGCGCUGAGGAUUUACGACCGGCCGGGGGAGAGUGUGUUUGAACGUGUGGUGAUUGAGGAGGUUCUAGUCAAUGCAAAAGAACUGACUUUGAGACUUGUGCUCCGUGCAUCCUUUGUAAAGAGCAGCACACACCCUCAGAGCGUCGACUGAGAAAAGGUGCGGCCCCAACAAUCAGCCAGACAGAAACACCACACUCACUGUCCCGUCCAAACAAUUUUCUAAUGAUCUCUGAUAGCUUCCACAUUUUGAAUAAAAACUCUCCUCGCUGGAUAUCAGAUCUCACUCAGUCUCAGGAAUAACGCAGUAUAACUGUCAGUGUAGUCAGUGGAAAGCAGUUGCCGGCAAUGGCAGCCGUAGAAACGAUCCUGCUGGGAUCGUUGCGGUGGCGUUUCCAUUCAGUCGUCUUCCCCAGUGUUUGCUCUGGCUGCGGCUGCGUGCAAGUUCUCACAGCUAGAUGGAAGUAGAGAAGCUCCCAGGGCCUUCUUGUCUGUCUGCAGCCAGGAGAGGGCUCACCAUUCUGGGCUUGUGCUCCCCCAUGCACCUCCCCACCCGCCCACUCUGGGUGGCCCGCAUGUUACCAAACAUGGAUCUACCAUACAGAUCCUGGAAAGCUUGUUUUUGUUGUCUUGGCUUCCCCUCCUUCCACCUGAAAGUUUCCAGCAUUGGUAUGAUAUACCAGACAGAUAGAGAAGAUCCUGGAGAGGAGAGUAGCAUUUACCAGAUCGUAUAUAACAGCAGGACUCAGUGGAAAACUGUCUUCUGUAAACCAUCCCACAAUGGAGGGUUAUGCUCAUGCAAAAGAAGAAAAUGACUCCAGUUUAAAUCUUAGCUGUAACAAAAGCUACGUUACUCCCACACACACUGUAAAAAUGACCUAAUUCUUGACAAGCUGGUGAUGCAGGGUUGAUUUUAUCCUUCUGCACACCGAUUGCACAGAGGAGAUGUGGCCUUUUGUAACCUCUGGUUGCCUUCCUUUCCUCGUCUUGCUCAUGAGAAAGUUUGGCUUUACACUUGCUGAUUAUUCAGUUGGGUUUGGCACCGGUUGGCAUGAACUGUAACAACCCCACUUACAUCCAACAAGCAGGGAGUGUUAAAGGAAUUGUUCUGGGGAGAAUUUGCAUGGUAGUGCUGAGAGUGUUUAACCAUCAAAUGGCUUGUUUGCACCCAGCUGUUAGCUCUCCCGGAGGAGGGCCUGGCCUCGUCUGUCCUGGCUUGCCCCAAUGUGGCACAGCAGGGCUUGUUCCAUCGGUCUGAUUUCCCCUCUUCCCCACGCCGGCAUCCUGCUUUACUUGACCUUCAUACUCUCCAGUCUGCCCCGCAGAGAGAGGGAGACGUCGGUAGCCGGACCUUGACUGUCCAGCCUCGGGUACAGCGGUCGGCUGGCGAAACCUCCACAUGCAUGACUUCUGUAAUUUGUUUGCUAGGCCUGUAUUUAUGAGCAUGCUAAUUGUAGGGAGUGCCAUGGUGCAGUUAUAGUCGCUGGACUUUGAACGUCUGCAGUUCUGCUGACAGUGUCUGGCUGCACUUUGAGUCUGUCUGAAUACUGCUUAAGCUUUUAACUUCAGUAAACUUCAUUUUCUUUCUUUACUAAAUGAUAUGCACACUUUCACUCGAAAUCACACACAUCUCAACAUCCUCACUGAGCUCUUGUGAGUUAUAACCGCAAAGCUGAUUGUUAUGGCAGCUUUUAUCUCAGCAUAAUCAGAAUUUUAUUGAGUUCGCACAGUGGGGACUUAACCUUUGUGAAUGAGUGUCCGUUCAGAGAAAAAUAAUCACUAGUCAAUCCUCCUCAGGUAAAAAUAACCUCAGCGCCCCAGUUUCCCACAUUCAGCGCUCGGCCCAUUCAUUCUCACACAUUCUUUCCUCCUUUCUUUUGCUGAGGCGAGCUGACGGCCCCCCUCUCUAGCUGUGAUGGGACUGUCAUGCAGAAAGACACUAUUGUGCUGCACAGGAUCCCGUUUCAGUCUUGCCUUGUAAUUAAGAAGGGAUUGCAUGGCUAGGGAGUUGCGGGUGGGAGUAGGGGGGAGACCAGGGGAUUGGGUUAGUAGGUAAUUUGGCUAAAAAGCAGAGCGCUGACCUGCUUUGUAGCUGGCAGGCCUGGGAGCCGGCAUGCAUGAACCCAACUCCCCCGCUGACACACAGCCUCCCUGCUGAGGUUUUGUUCAGUGUGUGUGGGCAUGUGGAGAGAGUACGGACGAGAAGGAAAGAAAGGUUGCGGCUGUGGCAGUCUCUCCAAGCUGUGUGUUAUGUGUAUGGAUGUAUGUAUGUUGCUCUGCGGUAACAUGAGCCAAAAAGUGAGAGUAAGCUUUUAUUGAACUCAUGUCAUUGUGGACUCAUCAUUAGUGUUUGCUCUACCCGCGUUUCCUCAGUGAAUCAUGGGAAGUGUGGUCAGUAAAGAGCAUAUGUAGAGGUUAAGUCACUUUUUUCUCCUCUUGUGCUGUAAAUGAAAACAGAAGCUGGACUGCUUGAGGAAAUGCCAUCAAAGGGUUGUGUGUGCACCCUGUUAGGUCUCAUAUUUGCUGCCUUAUUACUGUGAGCAGGAAAAGAUUUAGAUUCUAGUUAAAUUUGACUAAUCACUAAGAACAAAGGUUCUACUUUCACAAUUAUUUGUCCAAUACACGCAAUUUCAAUCAGACAAACUAUGUGCUGAGCAGAUUUGUGCUUUCUGUUUUUUCAGUGCAGUCUGAGUUCAGAGGCAGAGCUCUGAAUCCUCGCCAUGGCAGACGUGCUGGAGAGCGGCGGCGGUGGGUCAGGAGCCGUCAGAGUGGCCAGCGUGGAUUGGCAGAAGCGCUGCAUCGCUCUGGAAAUGCAGCUACUGAGGUUCCGGCUCCAGGCGGGGAAAAUCCGAGAGCUGCUGGCAGAGAAGAUGCAGGAGCUGGAGCAGAGGGUGACGGAGGCUGACCAGCGGGCUGAGAGUGCUGAGAAACAGAUCCAUGUCAUGGAAGAAAAGCUGAAGUCUGCAAACAUACAACCCAGCGAAUCAGAGAGCUCGUUGUACAGGAAGUAUCAAGACCUCACCAGUCAGGUUCAAGAAAAAGAUGCUGUGAUAAAGAGAUUAGAGAUACAGCUGGAAAAACAGAUCUUAGUCAGAGCCCAGGAGGCAAAAAUUAUUGAGGAGAAGGCUGCCAAGAUUAAAGACUGGGUCACCUUUAAGCUUAGAGAGAUGGAGCAAGAGAACCAGCAGCUGAAAAUGGCCAACCUGAAGCAGACAGAGAAGAUAAUGUUGCUGCAGGACAAACUACAAGCUCCCGUGGGAAAGAGACUGAGUUACUGGUGUUGUCUUUCCGCUCCAGCUCUCUUAGAGAAACCUGCAUCCUCUGGAUCCCCUGCCACCUCCCCUGUAAUGGAUACCCACCUGGUGCCCAGCAGUCCGCUAUUUCCUCCCAGCUGCCCCGGCACACCACCUGCCCAAGAUGACAGCUGGAGACAGACAGGUCCCCGCGGAGCCUCCUCUAAUAGCAAGACCUCACCAACAGAUGUGAAAAGGACUCCUGAACAGUCCAGUAAAGGGAUUUGUCUUGGAGACCUUGCAGCCCAUGAUGCUCUCUCUCAGGGUUGGAGCAGGGAGGGUCCCAGCAGCCCUGUUUCCAUUAGUGGACCAGAGCUUCCAGUGGGCCCAGAGGGCCCGUCAGGGUGCUCUGACAGAGACAACUCCUCCGAUGAGCUCAACAGCAAGUUUCGCUCUCAGUGCCUUCACUCGUCCUCUUCCUCUUCAUCUUCAUCCUCAGCCUACGAGAUGGCCCAUGGACCGAGCUCCCCAGAGUCAACCAUCAGAAUAACACCCAAAAGCCCGCUCCUGUCGCGUUCCCCCUCGACCAACAACCCCUUCCCGAAUCCUCCGGUUCACCAGUCAGGCACAAGCAUGACGUUACCCAAAGUACGGACACCACUCACCCCCAGAGACAGCAUCCAGCUGGUCAAGAAGCAUUACAGCCAGCCGCAGCCCAGCCUGGACCGACUUCACCACCUCAACGUUAACAUAGACAUCAUGACCCCAUCCUCCACUUCAUCUACCCUCAAGAGCACAGGCACCUUGCCCUUCUCGCAGGUUGUGGAAGAAACAGACAUUGACGACGGGCUUCCUGACAGCAUGGACGGGGUGGUGGAGGGGUCGGGAUCAGAGGAACCAUCCAGGGAUGGAGUCUCCUUCGUGGGACUUGCAGAAGAACUGGAGCGGCUGGAUCCAGAGGUUCUGAAGCCACCAACGCCUCCUUUGCACCGCUUCCCUUCAUGGGAGAGUCGGAUCUACGCUGUGGCUAAGUCAGGAAUGAGAGUUUCGGAGGCCAGUCCUGGAGCCAGGGGCCCUGGACGAGGGUCCAACUUACCCCAAUAUCCAGCGGCAGGUCCGUUCACCCAGUUAAUCUAUAAGAAUAUUAAUGUACCAGUCUAUACCACACUGAAAGGGAAAGCCACUCAGAUCAGCAGCGUACCUCUUCCGGAUGAUGACUCCGGGUCUGAGGAUGACAGCAGCUCUCUGGCCAGUUUACGGACCUCCAUCUUGAGCCCCGACAGGAAGAGCAGCGUUCCUGGGAGCCCGCGUGCCGUCAAGAGAGGUGUGUCCAUGUCCUCCAUUAGCUCAGAGAGUGAUUAUGCCAUUCCUCCUGACGCCUACUCCCUGGACAGUGACUACUCCGAACCGGAACAUAAAGUCCAGCGAACCUCCUCCUAUUCCUGUGAGAGCACUGGGCCUGAGAUGCUGGAGAAGUCUGGGUACCUGCUGAAGAUGGGCAGUCAGGUGAAAGCCUGGAAACGUCGCUGGUUCAUCCUGAGGAACGGAGAGAUCCUCUACUACAAAUCUCCUAGUGAUGUGAUCAGGAAACCUCAGGGUCAGAUUGAGCUGAACUCGUCCUGCCGUAUAGUACGUGGAGAAGGAGCGCAGACAUUUCAGUUGAUUACAGAGAAGAAGACCUUCUAUCUGACUGCCGAUUCACCCAACAUCCUGGAGGAGUGGAUCAGGGUUCUGCAGAACAUACUCAAAGUCCAGGCCAGCAGCCCGGUCACCGUGGAGACCACUGCCAAGCCCACCGUGAGAGGCUGGCUUACAAAGGUCAAACAUGGACACUCUAAACUGGUGUGGUGCGCUUUGGUUGGAAAAGUCUUCUACUACUAUCGUAAUCAAGAAGACAAGUUGCCUCUAGGGCAGCUGCAGAUGCGGGAGGCCUCUGUACAGGAAGUGGAUCGCUCCUGUGACUCAGAUGAGGACUAUGAGACAGGCAGUCGAGGUUUCCUCUCCUCCCACUGCACCUUAGUGGUCCAACCAAGAGACCAGAGUCCUACGUACCUGCUCAUCGGCACCAAGCAGGAGAAGGAUACAUGGUUGUAUCACCUGACUGUGGCAGCGGGCAGCAGUGCGACCUUCAAAGUGGGCACAGAGUACGAGCAGCUCGUUGGUAAACUGCUCGAUGCAGAAGGAGACCCAGAAUCUGUCUUGUGGAAGAGCGAAGCCUUGAGCUUCUGUAAGGAGGGUCUGCGCUCGCCUCUCACCACUCUGCCCUCUGAAGCUCUGCAGACAGAAGCUCUCAAGCUUUUCAAGUCCUGUCAGCUCUUCAUCAACGUGCUGGUGGAGUCUCCGUCUGUUGAUUACCACACCUCGCUGGCCCAGAAUGCUUUGCAAGUGUGCCUCACCCACCCGGAGCUGCAGAAUGAAAUGUACUGUCAGCUUAUCAAGCAGACUAACCGCCGGACGCCGCACAACUACUCCCUCACACAGUGCUGGCAGCUGUUGUCUCUGUGUGUGGCACUGUUCCUUCCUCAACAACAUUUCCUCUGGUACCUGAGACAGUACCUGCAACACAAUGCUGACCCAAGGAGUGAGGUGGGGAAGUAUGCAGUGUACUGUCAGAGGUCUGUGGAGCGAACUCUGCAGAAUGGAGAGCGAGAGGCCAAACCCUCACGUAUGGAGAUCGUCUCCAUCCUGCUGAGGAACCCCUACCACCAUUCACUGCCAUUCAGCAUCCCAGUCCACUUCAUGAACAACACCUACCAGGUUGUGGGCUUCGACGGCUCCACCACAGUGGAAGAGUUCCUCAACACGCUGAACCAGAGGAUCUGCGUGAGGAAGCCUCAGCUGUCGGGGUUUGCCCUCUUUACUGAUGAUCCAUCCGGCAAAGACCUGGAGCACUGCCUGCAGCCGUCUGCCAAGAUCUGUGAUGUAAUUUCCAAGUGGGAGCAGGCCCUAAAAGAGCUGCAUCCUGGGAAAAAUGAGGGGACACGGAUUGUCCGCCUAACGUACAAGAGCAGGUUGUGUUUCAGAUCUCAGGUGAAAGGUGAGACGGAGCGGGAGCGCCUCCUGCUGGCGUACCAGGUGAAUGAUGAAGUUCAACAAGGCCACUUCCCUGUGAACAAAGAGCUGGCUCUUGAGGUGGCAGCCCUCAUGGCACAGGUUGAACAUGGUGAUUUGGAAAGACCAGCUGCCUCCUCUCCUACCGGCUCUCCUCAGCCUAAGUCUCAGCUGAUCCUCCUGCAGGCCUUGGAGCGCUUCUACCCCAAACGCUACAAACAGGACUGCAGCUCAGAGCAGCUCAGAGAUCUUACUGAGCGUCUGGCCACUAAGUGGUCUAUGCUACGUGGGUGCAGUGCACCUGAGUGUGUGAGAAUUUACCUGACUGUGGCUCGGAAAUGGCCCCUGUUUGGAGCCAAACUCUUCAGUGCCAAGCCUGUCCAGCCCUCUCCUGUUGAGCAGAGCCAGGUGUGGUUGGCAGUCAAUGAAGAUGGAUUGUGUGUGCUAGACUAUACAAUGCACACACUGGUCACACACCCAUACCAGUCUGUGAUUACCUUUGGUGGUUGCCGUGAUGAUUUCAUGGUGGUCACGAGUCAGCAGAGGGAACCCGGAGUCGGGAAGAAGAGUGCGGAGAAGCUAGUCUUUGCGAUGGCUAAACCAAAGAUACUGGAGCUGACUCUGCUCAUGGCCAGCUACAUGAACCACUGGAACCCCAGCCUCCCGCCUGCCUCACACCAGCCCCUCGGCCACUGGGACGUAGACAGCAGGCACUUCCCCGCAAUGAACUACACCACCAAGGGCCCCACACUACUGUGAAUUGUGCAAGCAACAAGAACAACAAAGACUGUUUAACUACGGGGAGGCCUGAUGGCAAAAGUCACCUUUAGUCCGCAUUCAUAUGGAGUGUGUUGGGUUGCAUGUCUGGGUUUUUACAUUUUUACACAACUGGUACUAGGAGAUUAUUACAUAUAUAUUAUAUAUGGUUUUUUAGAAGAAAAAAAGAUUUAGGUUUAGAAAUGUCAGGAUCAGUCGUCUCAGACUAUUUAUUUCUACAACAAAAGAGUGUUUCAACUCUACUUUAUUUAGAUUUAAGAUGUUCUAAUUCCUUGGUAAAAUUGGACGUUUAUAAUACAGUAGUUAUCUGAGGAUUUGUCGCCACUCGUCACAUUUCCACCUGCAGCGUGAUUUUUCGGUCGCUGCUCAGGUUUUUUUCCUUUAUACUGACCUUCAUGUUUUCCAGUCUUUCAGACCUCAGACUCCUUUCUUUCAUAAAAAAAAAAACAAAGCUGUUGCCUUUUUGAGAGCUGGGUUGACUGGAAUACAGCGUUACGUGUCACUGUGUAUUUACUAUGAAUUAUCACUCGUACUUGACAAAGAACCGUAGUUUGAAUUCAUUUAUGAGGUACUGUGCAAUUAGAAAGGGACUGACAUGGCAUGUGAUACUUCAGUUUCAUAGUAUCUUAAUUUGAUAUAAUCCACUCCUGAUAUCACUCUAAUUUAGAGCUGCAACAAACAAUUAUUUUCAUUGUAGAUCAAUCUAAUGAUUGUUUCUUUUCAAUUAAUUGUCCGUAAAAUGUAAGAAAACAGAAACAAAAGUGACAUUGACAUAUUGACAACAGUCCAAAAUCCAAAGAUAUUAAGUUUAAUGUCAUAAAAAAUUCAACAAGAGAGUAAAUACACAUUUGAGAUGCUGUGUUUUUUUGCUUAAAAAUGACUUAAAUGAUGAAUUCAUCAUCACAAUUAGUAGACUAAUCAAUUAAUCGACUAUUUCUUUCAACUCUACACUAAUAUAAUUAGCUUUUCCUUAUAAAAUAGGUAGGACAGCUUUUCCCCAAAGAAAUGUAAGAAACCUUUUGUAAUCCUUUACUAUUGUUUUUAAUGGGAUGUUAGUAUUUAGCUCACUUAUCUAGCAUAAAGCAGGCGAUUUGGCCCAGAUCUGCUACUAAUGUAAUGUAAUGUAAACAUGUAAUAUUAUUGAGGUACUCAAUAGGAAGGCUGGGAUAUAAAAGGUACAACAGUGAUAUACUUUAUCUAUAAUGCAUCUGUGAUAUUUCUAAUGGUCCUCUGAUAACAUAAUCAGGUCGCUGAGUGUUUUAAUAAUCAACAAACAGAAGAGAGGACAAAUUUAAGAGCUACCAAAAUAUUUUAAUGACUUGAACUGUUUUGGAUCAAACCACUGUCUUGCUCGUGUCCAUAUUUAGUUAUUUAUUUUAUUUCCAACAUUUUUUUUUUGGCUUUUGUUUAAAAGGGUAAUAUUUUCCACUGUCAACUGUCACAUUUAUAUUGGAAGACUUAGUUUGGUUUAUGUAGCAGAGUAAUUUAAGAGCAGAGUAUGUUUGGUUACUGUAUUAGAAUGUGUUACAGAUGUUUGAAAGAUUAUGUCUUUAUGUUGCCUGUAUGUGUGUGUGCGCUAAUGAAAUAAAUGGUACAACAAUUCUGUCACUGAC